UCUUUUUUCUUUUUUUUCCUCUGCGCAAUCCCACUCGUCUCUUCUCUUUUUUCUCUUACGGGGUUGAAGAAAAGGAGAGAGGGAGAUAAUGAGAAGGUGUGAUACGAGAUGACAACACUUUUAUUAAUAUAACGGAGCCUCCCUAGAACGCCGUUACUUCUCAACCAGCCGUUAAGUCACGUGACCACCCCAAAACCCACUCUCUCUCACUUUAUGGAGCUUGAGCGAUUGAGCCUCGCUCCCGCCCCCGUUGACGACGACGCUGACGCCGUCCCUAACGGCGUCAACGCCGCCGGUGAUGAUGGCAGCCGAGCUCCACGGCUGCCGCGGUGGACGAGGCAGGAGAUCCUCGUGUUGAUUCAGGGCAAAAAGGUGGCCGAGAGCAGGGUCCGGAGGGGCCGGACCGGCGGGUUAGCGUUUGGGUCAGCGCAAAUCGAGCCGAAGUGGGCGUCCGUUUCGUCGUAUUGUAAGCGCCACGGCGUGAACCGGGGACCAGUCCAGUGCCGGAAGCGAUGGAGCAACCUCGCGGGCGAUUACAAGAAGAUCAAAGAAUGGGAGUCGCAGAUAAGGGACGAGAGCGAGUCGUUUUGGGUGAUGAGGAACGACGUGAGGAGGGAAAAGAGGCUACCAGGGUUUUUCGAUAGGGAGGUUUACGACAUGCUCGACGGGGUUGGCGCCGCGCCGCCAGGGCCGUCCGGACUCGCUCUGGGCCUGGCGCCGGCCCCCGAGGGCGAGGGGAUGGUGGCGCCAGAGGAGGAGGCGGAGGCCGUGUUCGAUAGUGGGCGGAGCGCCGCGGCGGAGGACGGGCUGUUUUCGGACUUUGAGCAGUCAGGUGGGAGUCCGGAGAAGGAACCGCCGGCAAAGGAGGUUCCGGCGACGGUGGCAGCUCCUGUGCCAAUUUCUGAGAAGCAGUAUCAACCUUUUCCCAGGGAGGGUUCAAGUCAAGGUCCGGCAAGCAAGAGACACCCAGCCUCAAAUCCUGAGAUGCCGUCCACAUCUCAGGAGGGACGGAAGCGAAAGCGGUUUACAGCCGAUGGGGACGAGGAAACAACAAGACUGCAGGAUCAGUUGAUCGAGGUUUUGGAGAGGAAUGGCAGAAUGUUGAGCGACCAACUCGAAGCUCAGAACACCAAUUUCCAAUUGGACAGGGAGCAGCGAAAGGACCAAGCCGAUUGCCUGGUUGCUGUUCUUAGUAAGCUUGCAGAUGCGCUAGGGAGAAUUGCGGAUAAGUUGUAGUAAAAGGGCAUCAGAAUACAGUUGCUGUACAUAGGAAAAAUUUCUGGACAAGCUCCAAUGCGGGGAAUGAAGCUUGAAGAAAGAGCGAUUUGGUAGGGGAUUAAAUUUCGAUAGCUUCAUGGCAAGCAGGAUCACAUUGAGGAUGGCUUUCACAUCUUUUUUUUUUUUAAAUUUCUUUUUACCAUUUUGUGGCUUAUUGCCAUUAUAGGGAUUCAUACACAGAUAAUAAAGUAUAGAAAUUUGAGAGCUUCACAAACAUUUGGACAUCCUUCUUGUUAUAUAAUUCAAGUUUAUAUAUUGAGAUUUUUUUUUUCCUUUUUC